AUGCUUACAACACGCUUCUUACGUUUUACGCCUGUGAGACGUAUCGCUACUUCAAUUGGUGAUCUUGGAAGUGGUGACGGCAAGAGCGGUGGCAGUGGUGGAGCGAUCCGACAAGCAGGUGGAGCAUUCGGUAGACUUGAGGCUGCUCGAGAGGAGAAAUUCUUUCAUGACCUGCUUACGAUUAGCAAUACGCCUAACCUUUUACAGAAUGAACAACAAAUCAUAGCGCUGAAACAAGAACUGGAAGCGAAAGCGAAUUCGGCGAGUGGGGAACAACUGAAAGAAUUAACGAACAAAAUCGAUCUGCUGUCUCGAGAGGCUGAAAGACAACGCAAUGUUAUUUCCAAGAAGCCAGUGCCUGAGUAA